UAAGAGUAACAGACAUCCGUAGAAGUAGUUAAACUUCAUUGUAUAAUGUAAUCUCGUCAAAUCUGGUGGAUCAUUGAGUCUUAAUUCGAAGUGUAGAAUAAGUUGGACUUAAUGAAAAACAAAGACAAGCGGGAGAAACUGUGAAGCUGCUCUGUCAGGGGACGUUAGUCGUUCCACUCUGCUGCCACCUACUGGUUCACGUGAAGCAUCAGAACCCCGGAAAUGUUAAGGUCACUGAUACCAAAUACAAACAUCGUGCUGAUGCUCUGCCGCUCAUGGUGCUAGGUACAGUAGCGUCACCUAGUGGACAGAGCGCAGACCUACAUCUUCAUCAUCAUCAGGCGACAGGGAAUUACGCCUCGCGCCUGUAGGGGGAGCCAGAAUGCAGCGGAGAGUAAUUCUUACACUGAGUUGCUUUAACGUCUUGAGAUAGAAGUUGUUGUUUUGACAUUUGAAAACUAUCAGACACAUUUAGUGACUGAUUCUAUGAGUGAGUGAGAUUUGGUGACUGAAAAUGUUGUUGUUGUUGUUGGAGGUUUGAACUUGACUGAGUGACGUUCUAGUUCUGUCUUUAUUUUUGGAAGAAGAAAUUAUCAUCAACUGACAAUGAACUGUUCAAAUUUGGUAUCUAGUGACUUUGAUGGCAUUUAAAACUGCAACCUCACAGUCCUGAUGCAGGCGUCAGAUAUGCUGUUGUAAAACUUCUUUUGUUAAUGUUCGACUUCAGGUCAAAGUUCACAGUAAUCAUAUUUCCUUCAGACGAGAGCCGAGACUCUGAAAACUGAGACAGUUGGUCGACUUCAGAUUUAUUCUUUACAUCUAACGGUUCUGCUAUGAGUCACAGUGUGGACAGAGAGGAGGGAGCCCCUCCCUAUAAAACCUCUCUGAGUGAAGAGCAUCAGACUCGCAGGAGGAUCCAUCAGCAGAGACCAGACUCUCCUGUAUCCGACUGUUUGUCCAUGAAGAGCGACCGGUCCAUGGGUAAACCUGUGGACUUCAAAUCUGAUGAUCAAAGGUCCUGUGUUUGUAGGAGGAGACCAGACUCUCCUGUAUCCAGCGGUUUGUCCAUGAAGAGCGACCGGUCCAUGGGUAAACCUGUGGACUUCAAACGGACGUCUGAGGAUCAAAGGAGGUUCCAUCAGCAGAGACUAGACUCUCCUGUAUCCGGCUGUGUCUCCAUGAAGAGUGACCGGUCCAUGGGUAAACCUGUGGACUUCAAACUUGAACGAAGGAGGAGACCAGACUCUCCUGUAUCCAGCGGUUUGUCCAUGAAGAGCGACUGGUCCAUGGGUAAACCUGUGGACUUCAAACAGUCGUCGUCGGAUCAAAGGUCUGAAGAUCCAGGAUCUCUGCACCAGAGCUCAGAGGUUCAAACAGACCCGGACUCCAUAUUCCUGCGACUGGAGAAGAACAUUGUGAGUUUUGUGAAAGAAGAGCUAAGGAAGUUCAAGAAGGUUCUCAGUCCGGAUCACAGAGAAUCCUCCGAGAUUCAGGGUGAAGAGGAGGAGGUGUUGGAAGGUGUGGACGAAGAGCAGAGGAGGAGCAGCAGAGAGGCGUUUCUGAAGAUCACACUGAACUUCCUGAGGACGAUGAAGCAGGAGGAGCUGGCUGAACGUCUGCAGAGCAGAAAUGAUGACGCACAUUCCUUAUGCCAAAGGAACCUCAAGUCCAUCCUGAAGGAGAAGUUCCAGUGUGUGUUUGAGGGAAUCGCUAAAGCAGGAAACCGGACGCUCCUGAAUCAGAUCUACACAGAUCUCUACAUCACAGAGGGAGGGACUGGAGAAGUCAACGAUGAACAUGAGGUCAGACAGAUUGAAUCAGCUUCCUGGAAACAAGACAGACCAGAAACAACCAUCAGACAAGAAGACAUCUUUAAAGCCUCACCUGGAAGAGACCAACCAAUCACAAGAGUGAUGACAAAGGGAGUGGCUGGCAUCGGGAAAACAGUCUUAACACAGAAGUUCACUCUGGACUGGGCUGAAGACAAAACCAACCAGGACGUCCAUUUCAUGUUCCCAUUCACUUUAAGAGAGCUGAAUGUGCUGAAAGAGAAAAGGUUCAGCUUGGUGGAACUCGUCCAUCUCUUCUUUCCUGAGACCAAAGAAGCAGGAAUCUGCAGGUUUGAAGAGUUCCAGGUCGUGUUCAUCUUUGACGGUCUGGACGAGUGUCGACCUCCUCUGGACUUCAACAGCACUGAGAUCCUGACUGAUGCUACAGCCUCCACCUCAGUGGACGUGCUGCUGACAAACCUCAUCAGGGGGAAACUGCUGCCGUCUGCUCGCCUCUGGAUAACCACACGACCUGCAGCAGCCAAUCAGAUCCCUCCUGAGUGUGUUGACCUGGUGACAGAGGUCAGAGGCUUUACUGAUCCACAGAAGAAGGACUACUUCAGGAAGAAGUUCAGAGAUGAUGAGGAGAAGGCCGACAGGAUCAUCUCCCACAUCAAGACUUCACGAAGCCUCCACAUCAUGUGCCACAUCCCAGUCUUCUGCUGGAUCACUGCUACAGUUCUGGAGAACACGUUGAAGACCAGCGACGGAGGAGAGCUGCCCAAGACCCUGACUGAGAUGUACAUCCACUUCCUGGUGGUUCAGGCCAAACUGAAGAAGCUCAAGUACGAUGGAGGGUCUGAAGCAGAUCAACACUGGAGUCCAGAGAGCAAGAAGAUGAUCGAGUCUCUGGGAAAACUGGCUUUUAAGCAGCUGCAGGAGGGAAACCUGAUCUUCUAUAAAUCAGACCUGACAAAUUCUGGCAUCGAUAUCAGAGCAGCCUCGGUGUACUCAGGAGUUUUCACAGAGAUCUUUAAAGAGGAGCGAGGCCUGUACCAGGACAAGGUGUUCUGCUUCAUUCAUCUGAGUAUUCAGGAGUUUCUGGCUGCUCUUCAUGUCCAUCAGACCUUCAUUGAGUCUGGACUCAAUCUGAUGUCAAAAGAAAACACAAUACAAUCCAAGACAGUUAAACUCUUAAAGGGAAAGCCUAAAGAAAAACAUUUGUACCAGAGUGCUGUGGACGAGGCCUUACAGAGUCCAAAUGGACACCUGGACUUGUUCCUCCGCUUCCUCCUGGGUCUUUCCCUGCGGACCAAUCGGACUGUCCUCCGAGGCCUGUUGACACACACAGGAAGUAGCUCACAGACCAAUCAGGACACAGUCCAGUACAUCAAGAAGAAGCUCAAUGAGGAUCUGUCUCCAGAGAGAAGCAUCAACCUGUUCCACUGUCUGAAUGAACUGGACGAUCGUUCUCUAGUGGAGGAGAUCCAACAGUCAAUGAGAUCAGGACGUCUGUCCACACAGAAACUGUCUCCUGCUCAAUGGUCAACUCUGGUCUUCAUCUUACUGUCAUCAGGAAAAGAUCUGGACGUGUUUGACCUGAAGAAAUACUCUGCUUCAGAUGAGGCUCUUCUGAAGCUGCUGCCGGUGGUCAAAGCCUCCAACAAAGCGCUGCUGAGUAGCUGUAACCUGACAGAGAGAAGAUGUGAAGCUCUGUCCUCAGUCCUCAGCUCCCAGUCGUCCAGUCUGAGAGACCUGGACCUGAGUAACAACAACCUGCAGGAUUCAGAAGUGAAGCUGCUGUUUGUUGGACUGAAGAGUCCAAAUUGUCAACUGGUAACUCUCAGGCUGAGUGGUUGUAACCUGACAGAGAGAAGCUGUGAAGCUCUGUCCUCAGUCCUCAGCUCCCAGUCGUCCAGUCUGAGAGACCUGGACCUGAGUAACAACGACCUGCAGGAUUCAGGAGUGAAGCUGCUGUCUGCUGGACUGAAGAGUCCAAACUGUCAACUGGAAACUCUCAGUCUGUCAGGUUGUCUGGUCACAGAGGAAGGUUGUGCUUCUCUGGCCUCAGCUCUGAGCUCUAACCCCUCCCAUCUGAGAGAGCUGGACCUGAGCUACAAUCAUCUAGGAGCCUCCGGAGGGAAGCUGCUGUCUGCUGGGCUGAAGGAACCUCACUGGAGACUGGACACUCUCAGACGGGAUCCUGACGGGCAGCGAUGGUUAAAAUCUGGUCUGAGAAAGUAUGCCUGUGACGUCACACUGGACUUGAACACAACACACAGGAAGGUGAAACUGUCGGAGCGCGACAGGAAGGCGACGCUGGUCAGAGACCGGGAGCAGUCGUAUGCUCCUCAUCCACACAGAUUCGACCACUGGCCUCAGCUGAUGUGUGGAAACCAUCUGACCGGUCGCUGCUACUGGGAGGUGGAGUGGAGAGGAGACGUGGACGUGGCGGUGACGUACAGAGAGAUCGAGAGGAAGGGAGACAGCGCCGCCUGCAGGUUCGGGAGGAAUGAUCAGUCCUGGAGUCUGAGCUGCUCUGAUCGUCAUGGUUACUCCGUCCGUCACGUGGACACACAAACAUCCAUCAGCUCGUCCUCCAGGUCUCACAGAGUGGGAGUGUAUGUGGACCGUCCUGCUGGGACUCUGUCCUUCUACAGUGUCUCCUCCGACUCCCUGAUCCACCUCCACACCUUCACAACCACCUCCACCCGACCUCUGUGUCCUGGGUUCGGCUUCGGCUUCGGGGUGGAGUCUCUGAUGUUGGCACUGGAGUGUUCCGUGUCUCUGUGCUCUCUGUAGCAGCGAGAGGCCGAGGGACCACAUCUGUCCACACCAGCUCACAAGAAGCUGGGAGGAAAAGGAAGAACGUUUUCAGAGAUACUUUGACUUUUAUUUUAAAAGUGUGACAAGGAUGAACUGUUACAUUUGUCCUAAUAGACAGACAGCGAGAGAGAGAGAGACAGACAGAGAGAGAGACAGACAGA